AUGUGCUCAAUACUAGUGAACGACAUAUUAGAUGACCUGAAGUGCGAUAACUAUAGACUUCUCAACGAUUUAAUGGUUUUGAGAGAAGAAAACCAGAGAUUUCUCAAUGAUUUAUGUCUUGAGAGACAAUUGAACCACAUUUUAGACAAUUACAAGAACUACUCAUUGGUUUUGAUAAACCGAUGCAAAUGCGAGAUAAGCCAACAGCUUGUGGACCAAUUGAAUCGAUUCAACGAUGAAUACAAUGGUCUUAAGAGCCGUCGAAACAGUGUCUUAUUGUCGGGAAAGAAUGGCAAAUAUGUUGACACUUACGAUGAGGUGAUACUCCCGAAGAACACCACCGAUGACUUGACGGACACUCAGAUAUGCGAUGACUGCCAACAAGUGUUUGAAUCGGAAAUGGAUUUACAGAUCCACACGAAUAGUGUCCACAAGAAUCUCCAAUCAUUUUCAUGCCAUGAAUGCAAUGAAGUGUAUAAUACCAGAGAUCUGUUUGUCAUUCAUUUGACGCAAAGACACGAGUUUAGAAAAAGUGGUGAUCAGAUGGAUGUGAAGCCAGACAUGACUUCAAGUAAUGAUACCAUUAGUACCGUAGAAGAGUUGACACAAAACUAA